AUGCCGAUCCGCAACCCUUUCACGACGCGCAGAGCCGAUGCCGAUGCCGAUGCCGAGGCCGAUGCCGAGGCCGACGUCGACGUCGACGUCGACGACGAGCAUGUGCCUUCGGUUCCGGCGUUGGAGAAGCUAUACUGCCAGCCCGGCUUCGAGCGCGUCGACACGGUCGGGUCCAAGGCGUCGUCCAUCCUGAGCUCGCGCAGCUCCAGAAGUCAAGAUACCGGCGAGUACAAGAUGAGCGGUGCGCGAGCCCCCAAGUUCCACCGACCCCCUCCGCAACCCCUCCCUCCUCCUUGCAUCCCCAUCUCCGACCCCGACCUCGACCCCCCCGUCCCCGUGCCACCUCGACUGACCAUCUCUCGGCCCGACAGUCGUCAACGACAGCGGCGUCUACCUGCCGGCGAUCCUUUGUACGCCGCACCUGUCCCCCGGCCGCACCGUCCUCGUGAGCUGACCAGCCAGGACAUCUCUGCCCGGUCGCCGGUCGCCACCAGCCCCGUCUCCCCGACGGGUCAGACGUUCGACUCCAGCUACCUCCCGCGCGUCCCCCGCUCGGCCAUGGACCGCAGGAUAGAGCGCCAGCCGCCGACGGCCGAGGAGGGGUUCGAGGACGUCGGGCUCGAGGACCACAAGCCGCCGCCGACCCGCCUCCGCGGCUUCUUCUCCAAGUUUGCCGAGUCGCAGGAUCGGGACUCGGCCGGGGACACCUCCGUCUCUCGAUUCUUCAUCACCGGCCGAAAGCGCGGCAACAGCGGCCAGGGCGCCGAGCUCACCAGAAUGGAGCGACCGCCGGUAGCCGACGAGGCACGAUGCGCGCAGCACAGCAUGGCGAAUGGAAAAGUGAUCGAGGUGCCGGCAGCCGCCACGGCUUCUGGGCCUCCGACCGCCGCCUCCGACGACUCCGCUGAUGAUGCCGUCGCCCUCGGCCGGCUGUCCUUGUCGUCCCGGACCGUUCACGCCGAUGACCGCAUCGCCGCCCACCGAGCCGUGGCGCCGGCCAUGCACGUCAGCACGACGUUCCGGUACAGCGACGACCCGGAUCAGCUGCUCGGCUGGGACAACAUCGACCCGGCGGCGCCGCGCGACUCGCACAUCUACUCGCGCGAUUCUUGCCCCAAUACGACACGGCUCGAGGCCCUGCUCACCUCCAUCCUCGGCGGCCCGUCCUUGACCUACUCGUCGGGCCUCGCGGCCUUCCACGCCAUGCUGGUGCGCAUCAACCCGCGUCGCAUCGCCAUAGGCGACGGCUACCACGGCUGCCACGGCGUCAUCGACCUGUUGUCGCGGUUGACGGGCCUCGAGCGGCUGCCGCUCGACUGCGACGAAUCGGCGUUGCGGGCGGGCGACGUCGUCCACGUGGAGACGCCCCUCAACCCGACGGGCGAGGCACGCAACCUGCAGCACUACGCCGACAAGGCCCGACGGGUGGGCGCCUACCUGACCGUCGAUGCCACCUUUGCGCCGCCGCCGCUGCUCGAGCCCUUUGCGUGGGGCGCCGACGUCGUCAUGCACAGCGGCACCAAGUACUUUGGCGGCCAUUCGGACAUGCUCUGCGGCGUCCUGGCGCUGCGGCCGGGUCUGGACUGGAUGGCAGACCUCGUCGCCGACCGGCUCGUCCUCGGUUCCGUCAUGGGCAGCCUCGAGGGCUGGUUGGGCAUGCGAUCGUUGCGGACGCUCGAGCUGCGCGUCACACGCCAGAGCGCCACCGCCUCGGCUCUGGUCGCCUGGCUCGCCCGGGAGAUGCAAGACCGGAGCUCGGCCGUGGGCAGCCUCGUCGACCGGGUGCAGCACGCGAGCCUGCAGGCCGAGGCCAGUUCGGAGGGGAGCUGGUUGCGCAGGCAGAUGCCAGCCGGCUACGGUGCCGUCUUUGCCGUGUGGAUGAGGGACCAGAAGGCGGCCAUGACGCUGCCCAGUCGCCUGCGGCUCUUCCACCACGCGACGAGCCUCGGCGGCGUCGAGAGCCUCAUCGAGUGGCGGGCCAUGUCGGACCCGGCCGUCGACAGGAGGCUGCUGCGCUUGAGCAUCGGUGUAGAAUCACUCGAGGACCUCACCGAGGAUCUCCGACAGGGACUCGAGUCAUUGCGGCCUCCGGAGCAUGCCGCCGACCUGAACCGAGUUGCGCGCGACGAUUGCCCGACGGCGAGGAGCUCCUCUGCGAAGAUCCCCAGCCAAUGUCCCUCGGCUCGCCUCGUCUCCAUGCCCCGAAUCGCUCUCUUUCGCCUCCCGACCAAGCUUCGGCGACGGGUCCGACGCAACCGCAUGGCCACCCUCGCCGCCGUCGCCGCCCUCCUUUUCCUCCUCGUCCUGCCCCUCUACUCGGUCUACUGCAUCUACAAGCCCCCGCGCUACCUCAUCGGCAGCCUGCGCCGCCUCUUCCCCGAUGUCCUCUUCGAGGUGACGACGAAUGAGAAGGUGAUCGCCCUGUCGCUCGACGAUGCGCCCUCGCCCCACACCAAGGAUAUCAUGGCCAUCCUGCGGGAAAACGACGCGCACGCCACCUUCUUCGUCAUCGGCGCCCAGGUCGACGGACGGGAGGACACGCUGCGGCAGCUGAUCCGCGACGGACACGAGCUGGCCAACCACGCGAUGCACGACGAGCCCUCGACGUCGCUCUCAAACGACCAGCUCGAGGCACAGGUCAAGGAGGUCAAGGCGAAGCUCGUGACCGCCUACGAAGCCGAGAAGAAGAUACUGCCCAACAACUAUUUCCGUCCAGGUUCCGGCUUCUUCAACCUGCGCAUGCGAGACAUGCUCGGCAACAGGGGCUUCCGCAUCGUCCUCGGCAGCAUAUACCCCCACGACCCCCAGAUACCGUACCCCACCGUCAACGCGAAGCACAUCCUGAGCAUGGCCCACCCGGGCGCCAUCAUCAUCUGCCACGACCGUCGUGGUUGGACCGCGCCCAUGUUGAGCACCGUCCUCCCCGAGCUGCGUCGGCGGGGCUACAAGAUUGUCACCAUUACAGACCUCGUCAAGACGGCUUACCCCAUGGGCAUGCAGUGA